ACACACACACACACCGUCCCCGUUGUCGUUAAGUACAGUGCCUCAGUGCCUCGUUUCACGAUUAAACGCAAUUAAAAAAACGGUAUGCACUCUCAUGUUUCCCCCCCUCCCAGGUUACCUUGGUUACACGAGUGGUUUCUCCCUGCUCUGCAUGGUCUUCUUCCUAAUUGUGGUGAUGUACAAGAAGACUCAACUGACUUGUCCUCUGCACGGCUUCGACGUCGAGAACGCCACGGUAACGGCCAUGCUCAACAGCACACUGGCGCUCAUCAACGAGUCGGCGGUGGACUACAGCGAGGACGUCUGCACUCCCAAAUACUUUGUCUUCAACUCCCAGACCGUCUACGCUGUUCCUAUCCUCACCUUUGCCUUCGUCUGCCACCCUGCUAUCCUCCCCAUGUACGAGGAGCUCAAGGACCGGUCCCGCAAGAAGAUGCAGGGCGUGGCCAACGUGUCCUUCCUGGCCAUGUUCAUCAUGUAUCUGCUGGCCGCUCUGUUCGGAUAUCUGACCUUCAACGUGAACGUGGAGCCUGAGCUGCUGCACACCUACUCCAAGGUGUACAAGAACGACCUGAUCCUGCUCAUCGUACGCCUGGCCGUGCUGACCGCAGUCACUCUCACCGUGCCCGUGGUGCUGUUCCCCAUCCGUACCUCGGUCAACCAGCUGCUGUGUGCGUCCAAGGAGUUCAGCUGGAUUCGCCACAUCAUUAUCACCGUGGUCCUGCUAGCCAGCACCAACCUGCUGGUCAUCUUCGUGCCCACCAUCAAGGACAUCUUCGGCUUCAUCGGUGCCUCGGCCGCGGCCAUGCUGAUCUUCAUCCUGCCGUCGGCCUUCUACAUCAAACUGGUCAAGAAGGAGUCCAUGAAGUCUGUGCAGAAGAUCGGGGCCACCAUCUUCCUCAUCUGUGGGAUCAUGGUCAUGUUCAGCACCCUGACCCUCAUCAUCCUCGACUGGAUCUCGACCAGCAACACUAACGGCAAGCACUAGGCCGCCUGCGCCACCGCCCGCCGUCCCCGCCACCGGGGGGCAGCAGAGCACCACUCGCUCAGCUCCGACAACACCCUGGCCCCCGGGGCGAAGACCACGCCAUUUCAACAGAAUGUAACUGAACUGUGUACAGUAUGUGGUGUUAGACCGCAAAGAACGGAUUUUACCUUUUUAACUUUUCAUUUUUUAUUUUUAUGUUUUGCUUGUUUGUCUCAAUUGUUUGUUUUUCGUCUCUUUUUUUGUAGGGCUGCACCGAUUCCACUUUUUUCUCAGUACAAGUACUUGAAUUUGGGUACUUGCCGAUACCGAGUACCGAUACUUAAAGGUUGGGUAUGGGAUUUGCGAAAAGCCACCAGAUUUUGAAAACACACAACUGAAAUGGUUGAAAGGUUGCUAAACGGUUUUUUUUACGUCACAUUACGUAAAGUGGUACCUGGUGGUUGUAUCGGAGGAGUAUUCUGAGUACAAGUGCCUGAGCACAGUAUCGAUCCGAGUUCUGGUAUCGGUGCAUCCCUCGUUUUUUUUUAAUGUUGUCGUUUCGUUACCCGCAAUUUCAAUUUUUUCAGUAUUUACGGCUAAAUUCAGCAAAGAAAUGCAACAAAAAAGAAUCAUCUGAAGGUGCCUCAAACAGGGAUGCAUGGCAGUUGAGAUAUUCAGACGAUAUUCAGGUACUGUAUUGUGUGUGUGACCGUGACCUGCUGCCUGCGUCCUCCAAACCCAAAGCAAACUCAUCUCUGGAAUCUGACACGGAUUAUCCUUGAACACAUAAAUUACCCCCACGGCAUACUACAGCUCCUUCCAACUGCGUUUUUUCGUUAUUUUUUGUAUGUUUGUUAACUUUUUGAUUGUUUAUUCCGUUUUUUACUUUGCCAAAAGAUGCAUUUGAAAAACUUUGUUAUUGUAUAUUGAAAAGCACUUGUGAACAAACAGAAAGUCUUGGUCUGUUCUGAAGAUUCUGGCCUGCUGCACCACCUAUCAGUAUUCGGUACAAGUGGCAUCACUUUGGUACCGGUUUGAUUUCUGGCUUCACCUGUAAAACCUCUCGUGUUAAAGUCGACAACUCCUGCCUUGUCGAAGCCCUGGUGGGGCAGUAUGGGUAUCUCCCACCAGAGGGCGCCAGUGUUUUCACAACUGUAUUUAACGUUACUCUUCAUAACCGACUCGAUCGUAUUUGGGGAGAAUGUGUACUCACACCCAAGACACUACUGCUUACGGGGUCGGAGAACCUCCCAGCCCUGCCUCUACCCAGAGGCCGUGUUUUCUGCACCAGAGAGUCCUCUGAAUCGGACCACAUGCAGUGGUUAUAACGUACCUGUAUUGUUUUUACGUUUUAAACACUUGGGGUCUACUACCCCAACUAGCAAGGCUGCACAUGACCACACAUUGUGUCAACUGUUACAAAAACCUGCUCGCAUCGCAACGCUUAGGAGAGUGCUGGUCAUGUUUCGGAGUCGGUUUCCCCCCAGCCCCCCCACCCGCCAUUUUUUUUAUUUUAUUUGUGCGGUUGAACCGGUUCGUUAUUUUUAAACCGGUCCUUUUCGCUGGAGCUGGAGACUUCGUUGUCUGCGCUCCUCACGUCCGUCACUACUUCUGUCGGUACACUGGGCUUCCAACGCUAUCGGACCAUCCAAACCGUUAUCACUCGCCGACUAUUUAUGGAAGUUUAAAUCAAUGUAAUUUAAUCUAUUUUACUAUAUUUAUAUAAUAUUGUAUGUAUAUAUGUACAUAUAUUGAGUUGAACUGUAUAUACGCUUUUUGUUUUUACCUUAUUUGUUUUGUUUUUAUUUUUUGCUAUUAUCGCAGUUUAACACAUUGGAGUUCCAAAGUCAAAAAAAAACAUCAAGCUGAUGAAUUUUAGUCCUGUUGAUUUUUACCGUUGUAGAAGCCUUAGGGUUUCGGGUACCGUUGACCGAGUCGUCCCACUGUGUUGAUUAUGUGCCCCCCCCCCCCCCCCCCCCCCCCCCCCAAACCCUCUCCCACUACCAUGUUGUUAAUGUCGAUCUCAGCAAACACGGACGAGUUUUAAGCCCCCGAUUGAAACACAAGACCUGUGGUGUAAAAACAGCACGCCGUUUGCGACCUGAUGACCGCGUGGGCCGCGCUGAGGAGGAAGAGGAGGAGGAGGAUGUUGAGGAGGAAGGGCCCACUGUGUUACACUCUUGUUUCAAUGAAACGUUAUGUAUAUCCUGUAAUUAUUGUCCUAUUAAAAAUCAAAGAUAAUCUUA